AUGCCCGACUUGCUCUCACCUCAUCCCUUUCUUGCUUGUGCCGCUCCCUUGGCCUUUCCUGCAGCCCAUCACGUGGAGGACCAGGAUGAUCUGAGUGGCCUGCAAGGAUUGGGAAGGAACAACGACCCACAUGGCGGAGGGAGCAGGAGCGGUGCUACAGAUGCCAUGGGGAGAAGAAUACCCACUCGCAUCACCACCUUCCCUGCUGCUGACGCCGAUGCGCCUGCUGCUCCUCCUCCCGCUGCUCCUGCUGCUCCUGCCACGAGUGCUGUCGCUGCCGCUCCUGCUGCUGCUGCAGUGAGCGCACCCGCUGGUGCCAGUGACAAAGCAUCAGCUGUAGCAACACCAGGCAAGGGGACUGAGGGCCAGCCUGCACUGUCAUUUCUCCCCCUGGCAGCAGUGGCUCAUGUCCGCUCUGCUGUUGCUGCCGUCGCUACUCCCCCUUCCCUUGGAUA